AUGCCCUGCAAUGGCUCGAAGGAUUCCGCAAAAGCUGGAUGGGAUGCGUCUUCGAGCAUUCGCAUGCGCAUUCUUUUCAUCCUUUUCUUGGAAGGAAUUUGCAAGAAGGACAUCGACAUCAUCGACUGCACAGUUCAAUUUGAGGCGGAGUUUGCGAGUUUCCGGAGGGCUUCGUUUGCCCAGCUGCACACACACGACCGUGGAGUGCCGAUCUUCGAGCAGUUUGGAACACCGGGCCUUUUGUCUGGCGACGAAGUGGCAAAAGUGAAGUUCCAUACGAAGAGAUACCGAGAUUUGCAGCAGAAGGACUUGGCAGAAGGAACCUAUGAACAUUUGGAUCUUCUGUUUGCAGACGCCACGUCGAAAGUGUUGACCUGUUGGAGUUUGGGUGGUCGCUUUUGGUAUUUGGAGAUCUCCAACGUGGUCGCUGCUACGCUUUGCGUCCCUAGCAGUUGCAACAAUGUCUCGGUGAAAACGACUGUGGCGCAGAGUUUCCUGCGACAAGUGGCGCCGGGUCUCUCCCAGGCACGUUUCGGUUCCCGCCAGGAUUUCUCCAAAGCCACCGAAUUGGCGCAUUGGUCGGAUUUUCCGCUGGACUUUGUGAUCAUUGGUGUCGACGGCUGCGGUUCCACAGCGCUGCAUCGCCACCUGCGGCGCCAUACCCAGGUG